GUGGCGACCUACAGCUACAAUGAUACGAAAACCACGAGCAACAACUGUCAAAGAUGUAAAGUACAUUGAUAUGGACUCGGACCUAUCAUUUUCCCAGACGAUGAGUAGUGAUGAGGAUAGUGAGGAAUGGAGGCCACCAGAGCCAAAGACAAAAGCCCCCAAAAGACAAAAGGCUGCCAGAGCUCCUGCAGCAGGGAAAAAGAAGGCUGUUGUAAAGAGAACUACUAAAGCAAAGGAACCAGAAGCACCCAAAGAGCCUAAAGCUCCCAGACUGACUAGGGAUGCUGAGCCAAAGACACCACCUGCUGUAGAGAGAAAAACCCAGGCCCCUAAAGGUCUCAAGGAGUCUGGUACAUCUGGGUUGGCUAGAACAAAGAGAGAAAAAAGUGGCAAAAAAAACACUAGAAAAGACAAAGGAGAAGACCAAGCAGACUGUGCAGACCGAGAAAAGGAUGAAGAGAGUGGACCAAGUACAAGAAUGAAAGAGGAGAGGGUGUCAUUUAUUGUGUCAGACACCCAUGAGGCCUUAGGUGGACUUGAAGCAAAAAAAGAGGAGGAGGAGGAUUUCACAUUUGAUGAGCCUUGUCUAAAGAAACAGAAAACCAGUGCUUCCUGCCUGGGACGUCCAACUGCUUUACCAUCAUCGGAACCACAGGCUCUGAGGAAUGAGCUCGAUAUGAACUGGGAUUUAACAGAGGUGUUGUCUACACUGACAUGUGUGGAGCGAUGGGUGUGUGCAAAUAUCAUUUUGCUGGUUCGCGAAGAGAACACAAUACCAUUCAUAGUACGCUACCGCAAAGAAAUGAUUAACCACAUGGAUGCUGAUGCCAUUCGAGAUGUCCAGAUGGUAUAUGAGGAGUUAUGCACUCUGGCUAAGAAGACUCAGUCUGUGAUUCAGACCCUGAGGAAGGAUGGGGUUUUGACAGCUGAGUUGGAACAAAACCUGAGGAGCUGUCGAUCAGCUGAUGAACUGGAUCAUGUGUAUUCUCCUUAUAAGAAAGGCAGUAAGCUGACAAAGGCUCGCAGGGCCAAAGCACUUGGCCUUGAGGUGCCUGCUUCAGCACUGAUUGACACACCGCACACUCUGGAUUUAAGGGCAUGGGUUAAACCUGGUACUGAUGGUCUGUCAUCGGUGGAGGAAGUGGCUACUGGUGUGGAGCACAUUUUGGCUGAUAUGAUAGCCAAAGACCCUGAAACACUGACCUAUGUGAAAACACUGUGUGAGAACAGCUUUGUGACCAUCCAGUCCUCUGUGUCGAAGUCGGCGCUGAAGGAAAAAGAGCAGGAAAAGUCUGUCCAAGGCCAGAAAAAAACAGGUGCCCAGCAAAACAAAAACAAGGACAUUGACAAGUUCCAUCUCUACUUUGACUUCACCUGCACCAUUCAGCGCAUCCAACCCCAUCAGACUCUGGCUAUUAACCGAGGGGAGAAUCUGAAGAUUUUGACAGUGAAGGUGAAUAUUCCCGACAGGGUGAAGUGUGACUUCACUAGGUGGUGCAUUACCAGCAGAUGGAGGCCGAAGACAUAUGCAACAGAAGAGCUCCGUGUAAUUAUCAGGAAUGCAGUAGAGGACUCUUAUAAAAGGCUUAUUCUACCUUUCCUCGUUAGGAGUUACAGGACUAAGCUGACAAGUGUAGCAGAGAAAGAGUCAAUUGCCAUGUUUGUGCGGAACCUCCGGCAGCGCCUGUUGGUGUGUCCAGUCAGGGGCUGUGUCAUCAUGGGGGUGGACCCCGGCUUUAGACAUGGCUGUAAGCUGGCAAUCCUCUCUCCCACUAGUCAGAUUCUCCAUACUGAUAUUGUAUACCUGCAUAAUUCAGGCCAGCAGAAAGAAGCUGAAAAACUGCGCCACCUUAUGAUCACAUAUGGUUGUACCAGGGUUGUCAUUGGCAAUGGGACAGCGUGUCGUGAGACUGAGUCCUUCUUCGCUGACCUCAUCUCUCGGUGCUAUUUUCACCCCCUGGAUGUGUCCUACUGUAUAACAAAUGAGGCAGGUGCAUCCAUCUAUAGUGUGAGCCCUGAGGCGGUCAAAGAGAUGCCAGACCUGGACCCCAACCUUAGGAGUGCAGUGUCCAUUGGAAGGCGUGUCCAAGAUCCAAUGGCUGAGCUUGUGAAGAUUGAUCCUAAACACAUAGGAAUUGGAACAUACCAGCAUGAUGUAUCAGUUGGAGCUCUGAAGGCAGCGCUGGAUGGCGUGGUGCAGGAGUGUGUGAGCUUUGUAGGGGUGGACAUCAACAUCUGCUCUGAGAUUCUGAUGAGGCAUGUAGCAGGCCUAAAUGUCGGUAGGGCACGGAAUAUUGCAGAGUGGAGAGAGCAGAAUGGUCCCUUCAUCAACAGAGAGCAACUCAAACUAGUCAAAGGCAUGGGGCCCAAGACCUACCAGCAGUGUGCCGGCUUCAUUAGAAUCAACCCGCAAACCCUGCACAGUGUCAAAUCCUCACCUCACCCUGCACCAGUAGUCCCAGAGAAACCAGCAGCUAAGAAGGGCAAAGGAAAGACUUGUGUCAACAUACCUGCUUCAUUUAACCCCCUGGAUCAGACCUGUAUCCACCCCGAGUCCUACCACGUAGCACAGAGAUUUCUGUCCGUUGUUGGUGGGAGUGCAGACCAGAUUGGGAGUGGUGACCUGCAACAGUGUGUGGAGAACAAGAUUAGAACCAGGAGUGUCGAGGAUCUGGCCAGGACAGUGGACACCACACCUGAGACACUGAAACUCAUUGUAGAUGGCCUCACGCAGCCCCCUGGGUUUGACAUGCGACAAAAUUUUGGGCAGGCGGACUUUAAGCGGGGCAUUGUGUCAAUGAGUGAUCUGCGGGUGGGUGCGGUCCUGACGGGCCGGGUGGACAACACAGCGCUGUUCGGGGCUUUUGUAGAUAUCGGUGUGGGCCGAUCGGGGCUCAUCCACAAGAGUAACAUCACCCCUGAUAAGCUGCCUGUCAGCCAGCGCCACCGCAGCCUGGCUCUGGGACCUGGGGAACGGGUGGAGGUUCGGGUCCUGAAUGUGGACCCUCAGAGGGGACGGAUCGGCCUGGAUUUGAUCAGGGUUUUGCAAUAGAGUCACCUAAGUCCCACAGUUCCUAUUCUAGAAUAGGAAUACAUUUGUGACAGGAAUUUAUGCACAAAGCUACAAAGUAAAGUCAUUCAUGGUGGUUAAAGUGACAGUGAGAACUGAAAUGGUUCUUAUCAGAUAAGCAGAGCUGAACAGGGCAUUUUAACAGAUGUACUGUUAUUAUUUAUAAGAAUGGUCCUUUACUCUGUAAUUAUAGUUAAAUCUCAUGAUGUUUACUCUUUAGCAUUAGUGCUAAUAACGUUAUACUUGAGCUGCUAUUGUUUAUUUUAUUUACUCAGUUGACUCAUUAAGAGAUGCUUUGUUUGUUCUGUUCUGAACAUUUUGUCAAGACACAUUUGUGUCUGUUAUUUGACAUUAAAAUAUUUCCAUUAUACCUUGCGCUGUUGAUGUACAUUUUGUCAAAAUGAAGACAUAAUGCACACACAGUGUGAUCUAAUGAGAGCGGAAAAGAGGGAGGAUGGCUUGAAGCGUGAAGAAAAGGAAGGUGGAAGAAACGGAGUUGUGUGAAGUGAUGGAAAGAAGAACAAGUUUUUCUUCCAGAUGACAGGAAAAUGUGAAAAGACAGGAGGAGUGGGCUGUAGGGGGGAUGGGUGGUGGUGAGUAUUCAGACUGCAGUAAAGCCUGGAGGCCUUUUAGGCAUGGUCCCAGACACAAUUAUCCCAGGACACACACACUAAUCAGCUGCUUCAAAAUUAAUCCCAGACUCCCCAUUCACAUUAUCUAAUUUGUUUGUUUUUAUGAAACUGGAAUAAAAAAAACAAAACAACAACAACAUAAAAUAUGGUUCAGAGAAAGCCUGAGGUCCCCUGUGCUAAACCUUCAGAAUUCCUAAUCACUGUUAGUGCUGCUACUUCACUAUCUCUCCUUGGGGGAACAAAUGGAAUAUAUUCUAGGUGCACAAAAACAAACAGAUGUUCGAUCAAUAUUAAUCAGAAAUGGCAGUUUGCUUAGUGAUGAUCUGAGAACUAAACACACACACACACAUUAGAUUAACAUAUUCUGUCUCUUUUUACCCGCUCAUUUUAAAGGAAUUCCUUUUUCUAAUCAAGGUACCUUGUUUUAUUUGAUGUUAACUCCAAGUGUCAUUUUGUUGUCUUUUAUUUGUUUUAAUCUCGUACUGUAAUUUGGUGUUUUAAUGUUUCCAGUGUUUUCAUCUUGGGGAUUACAUGUAUUUUUGUAGCAGCAGAUGCAUC